GAACAAAGCGUUUGGGUAGGUGUCCUGACCGUUUGUUUCGUCUAGAGUAUUCAACGCUUUGGCUGAUCUGGGGCGAUCUGUCUUUCGCAUUUAUUCGACUGCGGGUGGGCAGAGGAAACGGCUUAUAAAGGUUGUGGACCGUAGGUAGCGUUUUCCGACUGAACAACUCCCACAGUAGGGCGACGCGCCUUUCUUCCACACUCCUCCUUUGUCUUCGCCUCCCAUCCACCCUCCUGUGCCGUCCAACACGGUCCCUACACUCUUACACCCAUCCCUUUUCGCUCGCCGCUGCCCAAACCAUACAGCAUGGCAGCAGGCCCUUCUCGCAAUGUAAGGCCGUCAGUCAAGACGGUCCAACCUCCACGCCCCCCAAACGCCUGGAUCCUGUACAGAUCCGACAAGCUCAAGUCCCUUCCUCCCCAAGAGCCUGGCGCGCCUCGACGCGCCCAGGCUGAGGUUUCCAAGCUCAUAUCCGAUAUGUGGAAGAAUGAAGAGGAGUCCAUACGCCUCGAGUACGAGCGCCUAGCAGAGACGAAGAAGGCCGAGCACCAGCGUCGGUACCCCGACUACCGCUUCCAGCCCAUGAGGAAAGAGGACAAGGAGAAGAUGCGCGAAAUACGCAAACAAGAGAAGGACCGUGUCAAGGCGGAGGACAAGGAGGCAAGACGCCAACAAUCGGCACCCUACCAAGUUCCCACUCCCAUCCCCACUCCCGCCCACACCCCCUGCUACGUUAUCACGCCCGUUGGUCCAGCGCCCGUCGCGUACACUCCCCAUCCAUACUUUAGCCAGUAUGUCCCCGAGGCACGCUUUGGCCCCGGCGGACCUUCUCCGCCUCUGUCCGCGGCAGCUUCCCCCACGGCUCCUGGAAGUCCAGAUAUCGAAGUCGCCGUCCCCGCGUCGCCUAGGCCUGUUCUCCGCACGGACCUGCCGUCCUUCAAUGGCCAACUCAUAAUGACUCCAGCUCCCCCUCCCACUGCAAACGACAUUCAUGUGGAUUCACAGGAGGAGCAACCCGUCGCAAGCACGAGCCGGGCUGUAGACGGCACACCCACACCCGAUCACCCUCCUCCACCAUCGUCCACCAGUGGUGUGCUUCCUACUCCCGAAUGGACGCCAGGCUCGAAUGCCGAUGGAUCUCUCUUGCUUUCGCCCCAAAACGCCGAGGCCUAUCUUGGCUUUGAAGUUCCUCGUCUGCCUGACCCCAACGAUUGGAUGCAGCAGAUGCCCCCCAUGCCUUCAUUCCCCGCCACCAAUCCCCAAGACGCGGCAAGCCUCAACGACUCCUUCCAGCAAGCCCUGCUCACGCUCACGGGAGCAACGGGUGUCUACGGCCUGUCAAGUCUCGACCCCUCGAUGCUCACCAACUUCCCGUCAGGUGAGCUUGAGGUCGAAGUCCCCAUCCACGGCUUCCCCAACUUCGACAUCUCAGGAGACGACGGGGGUUUCGGCGGGGACGACCUGUUCAGCGGAUUCGACUUUUCUGCUUUCACGGCGGAACAGGCCCAGCAGCUGUCCGUCAGUCCAUUGGACUUGGACAUGUCACAGGCUCAGAUGGGCACAUACCACUCCGAACCGCAGGCAUCGGAGCCCACGAGCGAGGAGAUCGCCAGCCUCGUCAGGGCUCCUGCCGAACCCGAGGGUGGCGAGAUGUACGUUGGGCAGCGUCAGCCGAGCUUCUUCACCGCUGAGGUGCUCAAGUACAUCAAUUUCGACGCGAUGGAGUCUGGCGAGCCGUCCGAGGCGCCCCUCCAGGAUCCUCCACAGCCGUCGCAAGAGCAGACCCAGCAAUAUGCGCAGCCUUCAUCGCAGUACUCCCACCAGCCGCAGCUUCCACCACAGCAGUAUCAGCAGCAGCAGUGUCAGCCGACCUCGCAGGAGGUGCGCCGCCCAUUCACCUACACCGCCUAUCAACCGAACCCGCUCAAUCAGAUCCCGACGAACGUCCAACGCGACGUUCAGUCAUAUCCUCACAAGGACCAGCAGCGCUCUGGGACAUACAUGCCCCCCGCUGGGGCGGCCAACCUCAGUCGACGCGUCGCUGGAUCGUGGAAGCCCGAAUUUAUUGCGCAGACUGGCUUCGGCGAGGGCCAGCCGGACGAACUUCAACAACCACAGCUUCAACAUCCACAACCGUCGCAGGCUCAAGUGCAAGUUCAGGGGCUGCCAUGGUAUCCCACUCAGUAAUCCUUUUCAGCGCGACGCUCUGGACAAGACGAUGGUUUCCACUGUAUUCCUGGUCUCAAUCUCGCUUGUUGCUCAUCAUGCUCCUUUUACGACAUCUCACGGACCCUCUCAUGCUCGAGCUCUCUUAACCUUAUGACGGUUUCCUCGCCUUCUUGGAAUUGACUUAUGACGUGCCUUGGGCGCGCGCCUUUUCUUGACUCCUCGCACGCCCCUUCAGGAGCCUCUCUCAGAACGAGUCUUGGCCAUACUUCGUUUUUAUGGGUAUAUGUUUCUGAACAUUUAAUCGCCUAUUCCUCGAAUGCCAUCUCAAGUACAUGCUCAGUCACUCUUUCCAAAUAACGCAUUUCUUACCUCAAAGCUGUGUUACUAGUUUUUACUCCCUGCUCUCUCUGCUUACGUGCCCCGUCUUUGUUCGUCCCUGCUUUGAUCAUUUCCCUACCUUACGCAACCUAAUAUUUCGGGCUCGCCGUUUCGCCAUUGUUCUCUAUGCCAAUUUCCGGGGAUAUAGCUUCCUUUUAGGAUUGGAGUCUGGACCUCACGACGCUUCCUUGGGGUUUUGACUCGAGUCUUACCCGGUGGACCUACAACCAUCAAUAACUCAAUAUUCGCUGCGAAGCGAGGUAUCGGGUGUUCUCUCCCUGACCCCAAAACCUACGAAACGCGUCAUAUCGAGUCGUCGAAAGCCCAUUGUUCCUCGGAGCUGUCCGAUCCCGUAGCCGCUUCGCGGAUCCGCGUCACCCCAAUGAUGCUCACGCUCAUGGGCUACUCCCACCACCCGAGUCCAGCAUCUGACCAUGCAUCCAUGCACCUUUGGCUUCCCCCGCCCGUCAUAACACACGACAUCGUCUUGCUCAUUCAUCCAUCCAUCAUCUCCAUCAUCCCACACCAUCCACGCAUUGCUCUAUCUCCUGUCACUAUACCGUCUCAUUUGUUUAUAUAUCCCUCAAUCUUCC